AUGAUAAUGUCAGAACGAAUAGGAUAUAUUUCUACUUUACCCUCAUCUGGGUCUUUAGAUAAUCAAGACUGUAACAAAAUAUGUCAAUGGUGCUGUUGCAAUUGCUACCAAAGCUAUGGCUCAAUAUUAUACACAUCUGCUUUGCGGCCUCCAAUAUCUCCCUUAUCUCCAACACACAGAGAAGUUCACAAUCUUUUGUAUUAUAGCCAAUUGGCAUACGGAAUACAUGAUAUCACUGAUAUUCUGUCUGAGUAUCACCAACACGAUCAUAAAGUUACUUCCGAUAAUAGUAACUUAUGUGAAGCACCUCUGAGUUCCUCCCAGAAUACUAAUACACCGGAAUAUACGCAUGAACUAGUGACUUCACAAAACUCCUUUUCUUCUAACAGAGAUACCCCUAAAAGUAUUUCAGCACUAAAAUUGCACUUACAAGAAUCUGCUGGCAGUAGUACAGAGCAAUCCACUGUUUUACGCAACCCCAAUAUCAUAUUAAAAGAGCCAACUAGAUUUAAUUGCCAUAGAUGUAACCAUAUGAUGUGUCCCUAUUGUCCUAAAGUUCGAAUUAGAGACUUGCAACGUUGA